GUGCGGACCCAAUCACGACGCGGCAUUGGCGUGCUGUGUGCGUCGCGCCAUCUUCCGGCUCCGCGCGGCGACUCCGCCGCCACCGAGGUAGAGGCGCACUCUGGGCUGUGGGGGGCGCGGUCGCGGUGGCGCCUGGAUCAGAGGAGGUGGCAGCUCUGCCAUCUCAGGACUCUGCCCUUCCCCAAGAGAGGAACCAGGAGGAGGACCCAUCCACCCUUGAAAUUCUAAAAGUCAUGUUCCUUGGGUCAGAAGUGUUCAGAGAUGUGGCCAUAGUCUUCUCCCAAGAAGAAUGGCAGUGGCUGGCACCUGCUCAAAGGGAUCUCUACAGAGAUGUGAUGUUGGAGACCUACAGCAACCUGGUCUCACUGGGUCUUGCCAUUUCCAAACCCGAUGUGAUCUCCUUCCUGGAGCAAGGCAAAGAGCCUUGGAUGGUGGAGAGGGUGGCAGCAGGAGACCUGUGCCCAGUAUUGGAAUCUGGAUAUGAUACCAAGGUAUUAUCUCCAAAGCUGCAUGUUAAUGAAGUUGAAUCACCCCAGUGGGAGAUAAUGGAAAGCCUUACAAGUUAUGGUCUUGAGUGCCCGAGUUUCCAAGAUGAUUGGGAAUACAGAAGACAGUUUGACAGACAACAGGGUAAUCCAGACCGACAUUUCAGUCAAAUGAUCAUCAGUCAUGAAGAAAUUCCUGCUUUUGACCAGCAAGCAUCCCUUACUUUUUAUCAGAAAAUUCAUACUGGAGAAAAAUCCUAUGGAUACAAUAAAUGUAGAAAAGACUUCUGGCAAAAGGAAUUCCUUAUUAAUCAUCAAGGAAUUCAUACUAAUGAGAAACCCUACAAAUGUAAAGAAUGUGGGAAGGCAUUUAAAUAUGGCUCACGAUUAAUUCAACAUGAGAAUAUUCAUUCUGGCACGAAACCCUACGAAUGUAAGGAAUGUGGAAAGGCCUUCAAUUCUGGUUCAAAUUUCAUACAACAUCAGAGAGUUCAUACUGGUGAGAAACCUUAUGAAUGUAAGGAUUGUACGAAGACCUUCAGUCGAAGCUCACAACUGAUUGAACAUCAACGAAUUCACACUGGUGAGAAACCGUAUCAGUGUAAGGAAUGUGGCAAGGCCUUCAAUCGGAUUUCACAUCUUAAAGUACAUUAUAGAAUUCAUACCGGUGAAAAGCCCUAUGCAUGCAAGGAAUGUGGGAAAACCUUUAGUCAUCGGUCUCAGUUGAUUCAGCAUCAGACUAUUCAUACAGGCAAGAAACUCUACGAAUGUAAGGAGUGUGGGAAAGCCUUUAAUCAAGGCUCAACUCUGAUUCGACAUCAGAGAAUUCAUACUGGUGAGAAACCCUAUGAAUGUAAGGUAUGUGGAAAGGCCUUUAGAGUGAGCUCACAACUUAAGCAACAUCAGAGAAUUCACACUGGAGAGAAACCCUACCAAUGUAAGGUGUGUGGGAGGGCUUUCAAACGGGUCUCACAUCUUACUGUACAUUACAGAAUUCAUACAGGUGAAAAACCAUAUGAAUGUAAGGAAUGUGGGAAGGCUUUUAGUCAUUGCACACAACUGAUUCAACAUCAAGUAAUUCAUACUGAGGAAAAGCCCUAUGAAUAUAAGGAAUGUGGGAGGACCUUAAGUCAUGAUUCAACUACUGUUCAACAGAAAAUGCAUAACAGAGAAACACAUGUGAAUACAAUAAAUGUAGAAAAGCCUUCGAUCAAUACUUAUCCCUUAUUAAUCAUCAGAGAAUUUAUGCUGGCAAGCAACCAUAUGAAUGGAAGUAAUGGGGAAAGCCCAUUAGCUUAGGCUAAUUACAACUUACUCUUGCCUCUUGGAGGAAGACUUGAAGAAUGUAAUGCAAGUGAGAAUGCCUUCAUUUACAGCUUAUCCUUUAUCCUAAGUCAGAAAAUCCAUAGCAAAGAGAAAUUUUAUAGAUGUAAAUUGUUUAGAUCAUGAUUGUCAAAGAAGCAGGGAAAGGCUGGAAAAAAAUUUGUCUCUAACACAUUCCAGAAUCACAUUUUCUAACCACAAUGUAAUAAUUUUAACAAUAGUUAAAAGUUUUAGUUUUCUUGAAAAUUAAAAAAAUAAACACAACAAAAAACAAAGCCAAAUUAUUCUUAGAUUAAAACAAGGCAAUGAAUCAUACAAUCACCAUGAAUGGUAAUGAAAGAAUGAAUUGAGAGGUUUACAUGCCUAGAGACAUGAGGUGUAGGCUACAGCCAAAGAGAUGUGAGAUGUAGCCAAAGUUUCACCCAAAGGAAUUUUUACAGCCUUUAAAUGCAUGCAUAUUACAUGAAAACCUGUAAGAUUAAACUAUAAUACAUUAAAUAUACUAUUCAAGACUACCAAACACCCAGACAAUAAAAGAAAAAAAGUAAGAGAAAAUAAAAACAGCAAAUGAUGAAAUAGAAAGUGAUCAUCUUACAAUAAUCUCAGUUUUUAUUUCUUCCUGAUCUAGGAGUAAUCUAAAUUUAGGAGAGUGUUUCUUAAUUUCCACAAUGUUAAAUUGUUUGGGGCUAUCUUACAUGACUGUCAAAGAUAAAUGUUGGUUGCCAACCUAACAGCCAUACACAAUUCCCCUUCUUACUGGCAGCAUUUGUGUCUUGCCUUAGAAUCUGAGGCUAUCAGAUGCUAAUUUUCCAGCCUCCUCUGCAGCUCAGAGUGGCCAAUAUGUCCCAGUGUUGGCCAGUGGGAUCUUCUAGGGCUACUGGGAAAGAUUUUCCUCACUUGGAAGGGACAGAUAUAUUUUGGAGACUCCCUCCCCUCUCCCUUCCUGCUUUUAAACAUUUUCUCAUGAGAACAUGAUGCCUGGAGCUGCUGCAGCUAUCUUGGAACCAAGAGGAGAAAACAGAGGACCUCAGAAAAGCUGACCCAGAGCUUGACAACACUCAGCUUCUGGGUCAAUCUGGAACUGCCUCUUUGAUGCCUUGUUAAGUAAGAAAAAUAAAUAUUUGUUGCUGAA